CAUCAUUCGGCCAGCCAGCAUUCCGGAAUGCUGCUUCCGGAAUGCUGGCUGUGGCUGCUGCUCUUCUAUAGUUCUAUGUAUCUCUCUGGUUCUCUCGGGUUUUAGUUGACAUAUACGUGGUAUACAAUUGUGGCAUAGUUGCAUCAAUGCGUCACAUUCACACAAGAUUAUUGUUCUUAAGAUUAAUUUAAAAUUAAUUCGGAACACCCAAAAUACAAGUGCUAGAUCCGCCACUGCUAGCAGCAACAAUUGAAUACGUAGUAUGUUUUUAAUUUAACUUCAACACUCUAUGUGUGAAAAUUUGGUCUAAGCUACAUUAGCUUUCAACAUCUUGAGAUUUCCCCAGUUUUCUCUUAUCUCGUAAUACCCACUACGUAUUGAGUAAAAUUACGUAGGUCGGUAGGUGUGUCUGUAUGUAUGGAUUUUUGAUAACUCUUGCAUGAAAAACUUGUUCAAAGGCAUCAUGCAUCUGAAUUAUUUGAAAUUGUUUCAUAAUUUUUUCAUGUCUGCGCAAAGUCUAAAUGCACAAAGCAUUUGAGUUUGAACAAUUGAAAUUGCAAAGAUUUUACUUUGAUGUGGUUUUGUUUCAUCCAGUUGGGCUGAUUCCAUAUAUCGUCAUGGCUUCUCCGGCUACAUGUUCUACAAGUGGCUGUCAUAAUGAAGUUAUGUUCAGCUACCAUCUCAAUCUCUGCUCCAACCGCAGUCGUAACAUGAAAUCUAUAUCCAAGGUGCAAAAUUCACUUUUAACUUCUAAUGAGAAAUGGGUGAAAAACCAACUUGUUGCAAGGAGUCUGCAAAGGGAUAGCAGCUCCCAUUGCAGAGCGGUAGCAGUUGAAAGCAAACCGUUGUUCACCAAGGGAAACAAGUUUAUUCUUGAUGAUGUAAUUGAAGCUCAACAAUUCAAUAGAAGUACAUUUGAUGCUAUAUUUGAAGUGGCACGUGAAAUGGAAGAUGUUGAGAAAGGAUCACCUGAAAACCAGAUGCUUAAGGGGUAUCUGAUGGCAACUCUUUUCUAUGAACCUUCCACUAGGACUAGGCUUUCAUUUGAGUCUGCCAUGAAACGUCUUGGUGGGGAAGUUCUGACAACAGAAAAUGCACGUGAGUUUUCAUCUGCAGCAAAAGGAGAAACACUGGAAUGUAGAAUUAGUUAUGGAUAAUAAUUUUGAAUUUUGAUGGUUUUACAUGAAUUUUUUAUAGGUUUAUAGUUGUGAUUUUUUAUUUAAUUAAUAUGCAGGUACAAUAAGAACGGUUGAAGGCUACUCUGAUAUAAUCGUCAUGAGACACUUUGAAAGUGGUGCUGCCAGAAGAGCAGCAGCCACAGCCAGCAUUCCCGUUAUUAAUGCAGGAGAUGGUCCCGGUCAACACCCAACUCAGGCGCUACUGGAUGUAUACACCAUCGAAAGAGAAAUAGGAAAACUUGAUGGGAUAAAAGUUGCUCUCGUUGGAGAUCUUGCUAAUGGAAGGACAGUUAGGUCACUAGCUUAUCUUCUCACCAAAUACCAGGAUGUGCAGAUUUACUUUGUCUCCCCCGAUGUGGUCAAAAUGAAGGAUGACAUAAAGGAAUAUCUUACAUCUGAAGGAGUUGACUGGGAAGAAAGUGCCGAUUUAAUGGAUGUGGCUUCCAAGUGUGAUGUUCUGUAUCAAACCCGCAUCCAACGAGAAAGGUUUGGGGAGCGAACUGAUUUAUAUGAAGAAGCCCGAGGGAAGUAUAUUGUGGAUCCAGGUGUUUUGAGGGCAUUACAGAGGCAUGCCAUUGUCAUGCAUCCUCUGCCAAGGCUUGAUGAGUCUUGUAGAUAACUGUAGAUGUAGAUGGAAUUGCAAGGGCUGCAUACUUUAGGCAAGCCAAGAAUGGGCUUUACAUCAGAAUGGCUCUUUUAAAGCUACUUCUUCUUGGCUGGUGACUUCAUUAAUGUUAUUUUUAACAAAAUUUUGAAAAUCAUGCAUCAACGCCUCAGCAGUCAGCAUACACCUUUCUGUUUCUCUGUUAGGUGUAAAAUUUUUGUUCCAGUGUAGCAUUCUUCUUGUUUUUUUUUGGCUCGUUUCUCCACACCGUCGUGAGAUAUGAAUCUUCUAAUAAAUCCAUACUCACGCUUGGUGGCUCACAAAGUGUCUUUCAUUUUUGGUGACUCCCAAUCACUCUUCCUGUUACAAAUUCAACUUGAUAUUUUAUUAAUAUACAUGCCAACUGCCUUCUCCCAAACA